AUGUCCGCUGAACGCAUAAACGGCAGAGUUCACUUGCCUCUCCUCCUGCCUAAACCACCCUCUUCUCACGUCUUGAAUUCUACCGUUGUUUCUGCCACUUCAAAUGAGAGCGAGCAGGUCAAUGAGAUUAAACCGCGCUGUCGGGUCGUGAGAGGGAGGCGAAGAACCAUAAGAACCAGUAGAAGCAUCAAGCCUGUCAUACUGGAGAACGGUACUGGGUCGCCGUCUGCCACUACGGAAGGUACCACUACCAACGGUGAAAACGGCUCUUCCUCCCGUGUCACAGAAAUCGCUACCCAGCUGAGUGGCGCCGAAUGCCAGGCCAACUACGAGGAGUUUGUACGGACCUUCGCUGUGCCAACGCACCUUUAUCGCUAUCUGGCUAACCGGCAUCGUGCUAAACCUACCUAUUUAACCCGAAAUCUAAGAUAUAUGCAUCCGACAGGACGGAGUUGUGUUAGACGAAGGGAGACGCUUGAAGAAGUGGCUGCUCGACUUUCAUCGGCGGAGACGAUGCAAUCGGCUGGUCUGUCGCGACCGAAGCGCUCAAUUAAGCUGGGAUCUAAUGGUCCCUCUGCUGUCAGUAAUGGUCUUUCUACGGAACACCAGUGGCCAGACGAGAUUGAAAUUAUCAUGGAGGGGUUUUCUGAUAGCGAAAAGGAGAAUGAUUGGGUUACUGUAGAGUCCUCCGUUAAUCUCUUCUCUCGUGUCGCUUGGGCUUGGCGUCGUAACUUCUGCCCCUUGGACUCCCUUGUCCUCGUCUCGCGCGACGUCGCCUGCAAUUGCAACGGUGAAACUCCUUCUACCUCCGCCAUCCGUCCUGCUCUUGUUCCCUCCGCCCGUUUCCGUAUUGUUGACGUGCUACGCACCGCUGCAGCGCUGGAUAACGCUCCUCCCACGGAGGCUCUCGUCUCCACCAUUUGUUCACGUGCUAGCAGCGCACAACUUGAGCUAGAAGUUCAUGUGAUCGAACGACGCCGGGCGCGACAUAUCAAUGGCGCGGAAGCGGGGGAACCCCUGGGGCAGACCGCCUACCCGGUGGUCUACUCUACCUCCUCGUUACCCCUCUUCUUCACUCCUGAGCCCGGAUCGACUGCUAGUUCAUUCCUACUCACCCCGGGUAUCUACGAGCUUCGCUUGGGCAUUCAAGCGGCUCCAAUCCCGAUACCGGAAGAAUGCAUAACUCUACCGAUCUCACUACCCUCAAGAUCAGUUAUGGCGCUGGAGGGCGGAACACCAACUGCUGGUAAUGGGGACCACCGAGUGGGAUUCCAGGGUUCUUCUUCAAUUUUUCCACGAUCCCCCAAGGGCGCGGCUUGUGCCGCGCUGGAUGAGUACUCUCGAUGGCCGCAUUUACGAUUCCGUGUGAUCUGGCAUUCUAUCUCCUCCUUCUCCCCCUUUCCUAUCUCUAUUCCAAGACCGCACCCGGUGAAGGGCACUCGAAACCCUCUAAAGCGCUUGUUGUCAGAAUUGGAGGGGUCUCCUCCGUCGAAGGUUCCGAAGCUUCAACUCCAGGACGAGGGGGAGACAGUGAAGGCUGAGGAGGAGGAAGAGGAGCCAAACAACUAUAGUUCUAAUUCUAAUUCUUGUAGCUCCACCUCGACUUCCAUUGAUGUAAUCUACCUCUUCUUUUAUGGUGGUGAUGAAAAGCGUAUUCUGCAGUGGACAAAAACUCGAGAUAUGAUUUGUCCCUGGUGCAAGCUGGACUGUCGUCGAGGUGGUGAAGAUACCUUCAAAUUGAAUGGGUGGAAUCCAUCUUCGCCAUUGUGCCCGGUUAGUACGGGGAUAGAGUCCUUCUCCUGUGGAGAUGUCUGUGAGCAUAUUAGGGAGUUAGAAAGUGAUCGUAUUGGUUUAAAGAUUGCCAAACGUCAGAUACUCAUCCCUACCUAUACGACACCAACCACGGAGAAUGAAGAAUCGGUCCGUAAAAGUAAUGGUUAUAAAGUGUAUCCCAGCUGUCUAAUGGCCCACCUCCGCUGUUGCCACCCCCGUUUUCGCUUCUCCGGAUCCUGGCAACGCGAGACAAGUCAUCUUGUACUUGAAGUGACUCUAGACGAGAGUUACGACGGCUCUAAUGACUGUGUUCCGCGCACCUAUCGCCCCAGCACAGACAGCGCACCGGACAAUGGGGUAGACGUUUGUCUGACUGAGACAUCGGCUUCACGCAAUCCCCACCACCUCCCGCUUGUAGGCGGGUGGACGGGCUACUGUGGCGAGGCGGAGAAUAAUCUUCGGGACGCAAGAAAGGUUGCUACGUCGCGAUUUCUCCAGCGGCGGCGUCGACAACCCCUCAAACGCUUACCGUUUAGUCAGCUCAUUUACUGGCGUGGAGUGGAACGCUUUUCAGGCUCCGGUCAAGAGCUCACUGGGGAGAUUGCUUCAAUGUCAGCCGCGGCGGCUGCAGCCAUGGCAGUAGCGGUGGCAGCGGCCGGUCCAUUGGAGGUGGGUCACAAGCGGGUGUACUUUCACACCACCACCCUGCAGCCCAUUGAACCGACAGCUUUCGACGACUGCGACUCCGAGGACGAGGAUGCGCCACAAUGGCUGCGCGAUCACUACCAGCGCAAGGUGGAGGAGUUCACGGAUGUCAAUAAAGGGGAGAAGGAGUUUAUGCAAAUCUGGAACGCCUUCCUCCUCUCCAUUCGACCCUCCGAGACCGUUGUCAGUGAUAGUCAAAUGGGCCACCUCCUCCUUGCUUUCGUCCAACGCUAUAGCGACCGCCUACAUCGUCGUCGCCUUCGCAACAACUUCAUCCUUCACCUUGCCAAUCUCUACGACUAUGGCCUUGUGGCGCCCAGUCUCAUGCGCAAAGUUACUUGCGCUUUUGAUGAUUUGAAACCCUCCUCCCGUUAG